ACAUUAAUGCUAGAGUUAGUGAGCUUGCGCCACGCUAGCGCCGAACAUUACAGUGCUUUCUCUGUUCUUCAGGUCAAAUGAUACCUUCAAGUCUUUUCAAUUCUUGAUUUACUCUCUCUUUCUCUUUUUUUCCCACUUCCAUUUCUCUUUCCUUUUUUCCGUUUCUUGAUUGAUCUGUUUUCAAUCUCUUCUGUUUCCCCUUGCUCCCUCAUACUUGUUUCGUAUUUUUCUUUCCGCGAGGAUUGCGGUAUCUGUACGCAUCAGUGAAGCUUUUUAGUGAACGACACUUUUUCGUCCGAGAAGAAAGAGAUUAAAGAAAGAUGAACACAAUUUUUAGAGUGAAAUCCGUCGUUAUCGCUCUAUCAUUAUGUAUCUUUCUGUUUUUAUGCUUAAGCGAUGUCGAUGCCAUGCAAUGUUACCAGUGCAACAGCCGCAAUAACAGUCAAUGUGCUGAUCUUAUGCCACCAGAUUCUCUGAAAAUAGAUUGUUCGAAUCUCAAGGAUGGCGCAAAGUAUACGAUGUGUCGAAAAAUUACACAAGUAAUUGAGUUCAGCGUCAACGGCUUACCACCUGAUACGAGAGUUAUUCGAGGGUGCGGAUGGGAUGAGUCGAAUUACAAAGGCAAGUGUUAUCAACGAAGCGGCUUCGGUGGUAGACAAGAAGUUUGUUCUUGUUUGACCGAUUAUUGUAACGCGGCGACACCCGGAAGUUUGCCACCUCAACCUCUUAUUCUUUCAUGCGCUCUAAUCAGCGUGCUGCUAGCGUUUUUACGAAAUUAGCUAUUCUUAAACAAAUCAGAAUUCUUCGUAGGUUUUAAUCAUGAGACCAUGAUGAGCGGAGGCUGAAUUAGUGGUAGUAUUAACUAGAUUAGAGGAGGAUUAAUAUCUGUAUCCUUUUACCGAUGCGAAUUUGAACGAUAGAUAGUUAAUAAAAAUAAUUGCUUAUAUUUUAAAGCGCAGAAGAUGAAAAAAAAAAACAAUUUUACGUUUUAUAUAUCAUAGAAUACGCGAAUAACGAAAAAUUAUAUUCAAGAAAUAAAUAAACUCCAUAUAUAAAGUUAGUAUUUCAUCUCAAUAUACAUAGAAGUUUUAUUCACCUACGAGUUGUUCAUGUUGACUUGGCAAAUUGUAUUUUUUAUUCUUAUCUUAUUGUAGUUCUUUAUUGUCAUUCCAACAACUUUAAACGAACUAUAUUUGCAAAUAUAUUACAUUAAGAUUUGACAUCUCAUGAUUAAAAAUCUAAUACUAUUCUACGAAAAAAUAAUUAUAUUAUAUAUUCUGAAAAAAGUUUAAAAUAUAUGAGGUUGCUAAACAUUGUAUAAUUCAGUUAGUUAAAUAUUAGCAAUAUUGAUAGAUUGACAGCAAAUUUUAUUAAACUUGCUGCCAAUAUUGCUAACAUUUUACUUAUUAGGAAAGUGCUAGACACAUAAUCACGUCUAUUUAAUAAAGUUUUUAAAUUAUACAAAU